AUGUUUUCGUGGGGAGACGACAGACAUCAGGGCUUCCGCCUGAAGAAAGCCUCCAACGUCCCGCCUGGAGACGCGGUUCGGUUCCUAAACCUCAGCUUCCAGCUCAGGGAUCUGUCAGCCGGCUCCAGUGUCAUCACCUUCAUCAAAACCAGCGGAGACGCCUCCGUGAUCCGCACAGACGAAGGAGGACGAAGAGCGACGGGGAAACAGAAGUUUGUUGAGGGGAAGGUCAAAGCUGUGAGUUGUGGAGACGACGCCUCCGUCACGCUGCUGUCGGAGAGCGGCCUCGUUUCCUGUGUGGACACGACGCAAACUCCUUUCAUACCGAGAACUCCAGAAGCUCUGAGGAACGUCCCGGUGUGUCAGGUGGCCUGUGGGAGCCGGCACACCGUCGUCCUCACAAGAGGCGGUCAGGUGUUCACAUGGGCCCGGGACGGUUCGCCUCGAGCCGUCCCGACUCUGGCGGCGAUGCCUCUGGUCCAGGUGGCUGCAGGAGGAGACCAGAGCUUCGUCCUGUCGGCCUCUGGAGGCGUGUUCGGCUGGGGCAGGAACCACCGCGGACAGCUGGGCCUCGGAGACACCACAGACAGAAGCUCACCGACUCCUGUUCGCUGCCUGAACAUGAAGAAAACUGUUCACAUCUCCUGCGGACAGGAACACACCGCCAUCCUGACCAAGGACGGCGCCGUGUUUACGUUUGGAUCCGGUCGGUUCGGGCAGCUCGGACACAACUCUACGCGGGACGAGCUGCGACCUCGGCUGGUGGCGGAGCUCUGGGGGGCGAAGGUCUGCAGGGUGGCAUGUGGGAGGGAUCACACUUUGGUGCUGACAGACUCCGGGAAGGUGUUUUCCUUUGGACGUGGUGAACAAGGGCAGCUGGGCCACGGAGAGAAGAGUCACUCAUCUGUGCCGCUACCUGUCCAGCUGCCACACGACGUCACUAAUGGUGCCAUCAUUCAGAACAUCUACGCAGGAGGAAACUGUUCAUUUGCAACCUGCACGCCUCAUCAGGACAACGGCUCAAGCUGCUGUGAAAACAACACGACGCAGCUUGACGCAAUUGAGAAUAUGAUCGAUGAAUGGGCCGCUAAAUGCCAUCAAGCAGAGUCCUGGGCAACGAUGAAACAGGACAUUCACAGGAUGUUUUCCUCUGCAGCAUGUAUGAACCGAAGCUUCCUCGACCGAAGCAAAGACAAACACUUCCAGACUUCACCGAACUACUCCGGUUUGGACUUGUCGCUCGCACACCGUGGUUUUGGGAAACUGGUGCAGUCGGAUGCUGUUUCUGCAGAGGUGGAGGCAGCUGUCCUGGAGCUGCUUCAGUCUCUGGAUGAGGACCCGGUGGGGCUGGAAGGACUCAGGAUCUUCCUGCUCCUCACUGAGCUUCUGCACGCGAUGCAGAACCGAAGAAGACCAGAGAGCAUGAGGCUGGCCGAGGCCAUCGCUGCUGCUGCUCAGAGACUCUCUGCUGGAAGCCUCCAGAUCACAGGAGUCUGGUGGUCCUCGCUGGGGCCCUCCACCAUGACCAGACACGUCAAAGUGUGGAAAAAUGUCCUCUCUGGGCUGCUGUACUUCCUCCCUGUUCCUCGUGUAUCGGUCCAGAACGUGCUGCAGAUCCUCCAGAACAUGUACAACGCCAACAAAGAAAAGAAGAAAAUCCCCGAGGCGAGUUUUGGGGCGGACAUUAACCCGCAGUUUCUUGGACAGGAUCUGCAGCUUUGGAGAGCAACGACAAUAAACAAGGUGAAAACUAAAGUGGUUUGUCUCAGCAACAUCUUCAGCUGGUGCAGAGUUCAUUCACAUGAAAACAACAGUUUUAGUUCAUUUUGUGCAUUUGCUCCUUCAGAGGCGUCCUGGAGGCGUCUCGGUGCCGCCGUCAGCAUCAGCAGCAGCUCGUCUCAAACAUCUGCUGAUUUAAACUGUGAUCUGCUGAACAGGAGGGAGUAUGUGGACGCCUACGUCAACCACGCCUUCAACACAUCGGUGGAGAGCGCCUUUCAGGAGUUCGAGCGAGGCUUCUUCCAGGUGUGCGAGCGGGACCUGGUGCAGCUGUUUGGACCGGAGGAGCUUCAGGGAGUUCUGGUGGGCAAAGACCAGUACGACUGGGCCAAGUUCAAACAGAACACGGUGUACGACCUGUACUACCACGCCCACCACCCGACCAUACGCAUGUUCUGGGAGGUGUUUGAUGAGCUGACUGAAGAGCAGAAGAAGGAUUUCCUCUGGUUCCUGACUGGGUUUAGGAAGGUUCCCAUUCUCGGCAUGGACCAGAUACAGAUGUCGGUCGAACUUAAACAAAUCCAGAGCGCCUCCCACGAUCAGUACUUCCCCGAGUCGCUGACGUGUCACUCUAUUCUGUAUCUGCCCUUAUAUUCAACCAAAGAGGUGAUGAGAGUCCGGCUGACCGAGGCUCUGCGGCCAGAAAGAGGAUUCUCAGCAUGAGUCUGGACUGUGCUGCUGCACUUCCUGUGAAAGCUGUAGGAAAAAAAUGUUCAAAACAACACUGAGAAUAUCAUCGAGAGUAGAAAUGAUGUGUUUAAAAACCCGUGGAAUACGGUAAAACUCAAAAACAGUGAAAAUAACAGCAAAAAUCUGGUUGAAGUAAAAUAAAGUAAUUUUAUGGUAAUUUU